AUGAUCGUGGAAGAUUGCACAAUAAUGUAUAGCGGUGUAGAAUCAUCAAUAUGGGCGCAAGCAGGAGUGGGAUGUAUUGUCAAAAACGAUCUUAUGAGCAGAAUAAAAAGGUGGGAAGGAGUUAAUGAACGAAUUAUGGUCGUUGAAGUAAGAUUUGAUGAGGACGAGUUUUGGACAGUUAUAAUAGUAUACGGACCCAAUGAAAAUGACAAUAAAAAUAGUACAGAAAAAUUUUGGGAUGAUAUACAGGAAGUGUAUGAGAAAAGUAGCAGUCCCAUCUUGAUAGUUGGUGAUCUGAAUGCUAGAGUUUGCAAUGAAGCAAGAAAUAGCAAUGGGGUAAUAGGAAGUUUUGGAGAGACAAUUAAAAAUAAAAAUGGCGAACUAUUAAUUGACUUCUGUAACUCAAACGGACUAAUAAUUUUGAAUACAUGGUUUCAACACAAAGAAAUACACAAAUUCACCCGUGUUGCGCCAGGACGAAAUGAAAAGUCAAUCAUCGACUAUAUCAUAACAGAAAAAAAUCUGAGAAACAAAAUACACGAUGUUAAAGUCAGUAGACUUCCGGAAUUGGGCAGUGACCACUUCCUAGUUGUGGCAAAAAUGAAUCUAAAAGAAGCGAACAUUUCCAAAGACACAAUGAAAGCAACAAGUAAAGAGAAGAGAACUGUAAGGACACAUAAGUUAGCCAAUGAAGAAAUAAGAAGCAAUUUCACAAACCUUACAGAAGAGAAAUUUAAAGGAAUGGGGGUACAGCAGCAAACACUCUAA